AAAAAAAAAAAAAAUUUUUAUUGUGUUUUUCGACAAUUAAAUUUUUCGAGCGUUCAAGAUGGCAGAGGCAAUUGAACGAAUGCAUUUCUACAAAGAAAGGAUGCGUCUCUUGUUAACAAUUCCACAGGCGAAGGAAUUGUGGCAAGUGAUUUUAGGAAUGCCGGUAGGACAGGUGGUAACGAGCCUGCUGACUAAUCAAUUAUGUAUUAGUGGCUCUUUACAAGUUCUGCGCGAACGACUGUUUCGGGCAGAAUUAAAACUCGCGCUUCCCCCAGAAACUGACGUGCCCUUUUGCGACGAGUACGAUAAGGGGAACUCAGUCAAAGUUUUUCAGUUUGAGGCAUUCACGGAAGAGAGUUUAUUGCCCAACGUAAAUCUUAAAAGAGGAGGCGAGUUUUAUCCGAGUAGCGACGAGGAGAAAAAUUCACGGUCGAUUCGUGACUUGGGAUAUUUAGGAGACCGACAAAGUCAAGGAGCCAUUAGAAAAAGGGGGGGAAGUGAAUCAUCGCACAGCAGACCAAGUCCGACCACCGAUGACUUUCCAACCCCUCCACCGCCCCUUCCACAAUCACCACCGGUGAUGUCCACAGCGUCGAUCCCCACGAAUUCCCCACCACGAAUGUCAGCCGUUCAUUCUAUGAACUCUGCGCCAACGACCACCGUGAAUUCUGCCCCGUCAAUGAGGGUUUCAGCGACGAUGUCGCCCGGGGUGAUUAGCUUGCGACAGUCUGUAGCCAAGUUUACCUUGAGUCCAGAACUACAACAGCUGAUCCGUAUUAAUAACCAUUUAAUGGCUGCUAGUAUGGGUCAGAAUGUGGGGGAUAAUAGCAAUUUCCACCGGCCAUCUCAAAAUCCAGUAGAAUUUGCGACUGGGGAAGGGGAUGAAAUAACUUCUGUUAAUCAGGACCAAUCAGGAGGAGAGAGUCCCAACACCAUCCCUAACCCAACCCCCCGGACAGUAGGUGAAAACAGGAUUAGGAGUGGGGAAGUAUGUGACAGUAGGCGCACAUACAUAAAGAGAGAAAGGGGUUCAGGCGUAAAGAGCGAACCCAGCGAGUUAGGUAGCGACAAUAGUAGAAUGAGAUCGGAAGUUAGCGACAGAUUCUCGACUAGGGGAGGGAGUCGUCAAGAACGUAGGGAAUCUAGCCGAAGGCAUACCCCCCAAAAUACACCACGGGUUAAUGCUAGGAGGACACUUUUCGACAAUUCUUCAACUGAUAACGAGACUGACGUUAGCGACAGGACUCAGAGGCGAAGAGACUAUCGUGUAGCUUCUCGAUUAACUCAAAUCAAUAGGACUCUUAAAGAUUGGGAUAUUAAGUUCUCGGGUGAAGAGCGAGAAGAUCCCGAAGAAUUCUUAGAGAGGAUUGAAGACUGCCGAGAUUGCGCCAUGAUAAGCGAUGAAGAUCUCCUCCAAACACUCCCCAGCAUUUUUAAGGGUAAUGCGAGUAGGUGGUUCCGCACGAUUCGUAAAGAAAUCGGUUCGUGGAGGUCAUUCAAAAAAGCUUUUCGACGAGAGUAUUUAACGACCAUUGAUGACGACGAAGUGAUAGACGAGAUGAGGAGUAGGACCCAAGCGAAAGGGGAGAAAAUAUCCUCUUACAUAACCAGUUUGCGACUGAUAAUGGGGCACCUUAGGAAACCAUUGUCGACCAGGGAACAGGUUAAAAUCGCGUAUAAGGGACUUACCCCCACUUAUCGUAAACAAGUUGAUUCAUCGGGGUUAGAAUCACUCUCGAAAUUAGAGAGAAAUUUGCGACAGUUCGAAAAGGUUCAAGACCUCGACGACAGAUACGUUCCCCCUCCCCCUAAAGAGAAAAUGCGUUUUCCCGCCGCGGCUUAUAAGGGUGCGAAGAAGGAUGAGAAAAAGCCAUCUUCCUCUAAAGAGACCAAGAAGAUAGCGGCUUUAGAAGACGAGUCAGCGACGGGUAGCGAGGUAGAGAAGGUGGUCGACAAGAAGAGUAAGGGGAAAAAGUCGAAGAAGACAAAGAAGACCGAUUCUGAGAAAGGGACUACAGAGGUGAAUGCAAUUAAGCAAUCAAGUCCUCAGCCAUCCGCGACUCCGAUACGGGCUUCUAACCCUACUUUUGCGACAGUGGCCGCUGGGAAAGGCAAGCGCCAAUUUCCACCAAAACAAGGAGUUGCAAAUACUGGACAUAUAACACAAAUUGCGACGGGCGGGUCGAAGUCAUUUGUGGGGGCAUGUUUCACAUGUCAAAUGGUCGGACACAAAGUUUCGGAAUGUCCCAUGAGGACAUGCUUUGUCUGUCAACAGCGUGGUCAUUUCGCGGCACAGUGUCCAGCUAGAGUCCAGGUAGAGUCAUGCCUUGUUUGUCGAGCGCCUGGCGUGAAUUUCCUUAAUUGUCCGAAUUGCGUCCAAGUGAGGGCCGCUUUGGGAAACGGACAAUGGGGGGCACAGAGCGGGUCUGUACCCCCCUCCAACCCACUGAAGAAUCCUUAAAACCGAUUCUUA